AUGACUUACUACGACUCUUCACAGUGUCGAGCGAUGAUUGGUCUUAGAUAAGGGGCCAAAUUAAUAAAUGGCUAAUUUUUUUGUUUUUGGAAUCAACUUCACCUCGAUUCCAAGGGCUGGGAAUCAUUGGAGUCGAUUCCACCCAAAGGGAACUACGCCAUAGCUGCGGAGUCGAUUCUUCAUUUCUAGCGGAGAAUCGACUCUUUUAGGGACGGAGUGGAAGCCUUAUGUGGAUGUGUUUUGACGAAUAUUUUACACACGUCAGUUGUAUUAAAUUAUAUUGGUGAGACACUGAUAAGUCUGAAUUGCGUGUGCUUGCAUAGUUGGUUGAUAUGGCGUUUUAUGGUCGAGUGUUCGGAUCAGCCACAAUGAGUGAAGUUAUUCUGGAAUAAAGCUUGAUUCAGUCCACACACAGCUCUGUCUGCUUGCAAAACCCAAGUUCAGCACAGAAAUGCGAACAUCCUUUGCAUGUUUAACGAAGCCCGUGCUUCAUGGAUAUUUCAGAAGUUCUUGCUCAUGGAGAGUGCGGAUUGCUUUUGCCCUGAAGGGUAUUGAAUAUGAUCAAGUACCAGUCAACCUUGUCAAGGAUGGAGGCCAACAGCUCACAGAUCAGUAUAAAUCAGUCAACCCAAUGCAGCAAGUGCCUGCAGUCACCAUCGAUGGAAUCACUUUGGGUCAAUCACUGGCUAUCAUCCAGUACAUUGACGAAACUCAGCCUGGGCCACGUCUCCUCCCUGCUGAUCCAAAGCAGCGAGCACAAGUGCGCAUGAUUUCUGAUCUCAUUGCCUCCGGGAUACAGCCUCUACAGAACCUCCAUGUGAUACAGAAAAUUGGUGCUGAAAAGGUACAGUGGGCGCAACAUUUCAUCAACAAGGGAUUCAAUGCCCUCGAAUCCACCCUGAAGCAGACAUCUGGAACAUACUGUGUUGGGAAUGAGAUCUCCAUGGCAGACGUUUGUCUUGUACCCCAGGUCUACAAUGCUGAAAGGUUUAAAGUAGAUCUGGACCAGUAUCCCACAAUCAAGCGGAUAAACCAGACCCUACUGAAGCUUGAGGCCUUCAAAGUCAGUCAUCCGUCCUGUCAGCCUGAUACACCUGAUGACCUGAGAGUAUAACUGUCACUUUAAACAUCCUCAUUGACUCGGCAACACCAAAAUGAGAUUAAAGCUUCAAAGGAAUUUACUCCAGAUCAAUAA